AUGAUGCAAUCACCAGCUCGAACCGGACCUCUUGUCCAUGAGUCAAGUGCUACGCCAGUUCUUGAAGGAGGGGGCAAUUGUAUCAAAGGCGUUCCUCCGUCAGGAAACACGGCCUCUCUACCGGCGAAGAGGGAGAGGGAGGAUGAGGACGACGCUGGAAAUUCGUCGAAGAAAGUUGCUACUGAGGAGGGUUCAUACUAUUUCCAAAUGUUCGUCCAGAACAUAAAGGAGGAGGAAUCCCGGAAGAUGAAGGCAGAGAGCGAGAGGCUGCACCACCGCAUUAAGGAAUUGGAAGAUGCCCUGGCAACAUUGAAAAAGGAGCGUGAGACUGAGAAGAAAGAUAACGCACAACGCAGGGCUGAGUUGCAGGAUGCCAGAAACCGAGCAGCACAAUUGGAAAAGCAGGUAAAUGAGGCGGCUGAGCUCAAAAGAAAGGCAGAAGCAGAAGUUGAGAGCCUCCAGCUUAGGAUCACCUCAUUGCGGAGUGACGUUUUUGAUCUGGUAUUGAAGUAUUGA